AUGGAUAAUUGUUUUUCUUCGAAAUUGAAUGUUCAAGCUUCUGGGUUUUUCAGAUUUUCUCACGAUUCAAAAUUUAAAAAAAUUAUAAAAUAUGUAACAGAAAAAUCUAGUACCUUAAGUAAAAUAAGUGAUCAAGAAACAUUUAGAAAAGGAUGCCUAGAUUUGGCUAAAUAUCUAAUUAUUAAUAAGUCUCCUCCAGUAUAUUAUAGAGACUUAAAAGAUAUGUGGGAAGGAGCAAUAAAAAAUUGGGUAAAACCUCACUAUGAAAAGCUUAAUAUACAUGGAGGAUGUCCUGUUGUUAUGGAUGAAAAUGAUAUGAAAAUUUUAAAAUUAAAAUAUGAGCAAGAAGAUUUUUGUAAAAAAAGAGAUACAUAUCUGAAUGAAAUAAACCAGUUAAAAAGUAAACAUUUAAAGAAAUGUAAUGAUGAUUAUUUAAGAAAAUGUUCAGAAUAUAAUGUAUGGAUUAACCUUAAGAAAACUUAUUUUGAUAAUAACAAAAGUUUAAUUCAAAACUGUUACAAUAAACAAAAACCGAGAGGAAAUUCAAUAAGAAAAAAAGGUCCAGCGUUAAUAUGUGACAUAAUGAAUCAUGAAAUAUUCAAUGAACCUACUGAUUGCUUACUCUCUUCUACAGUCGUGCCAUGUGAAACAUCAACUAAAAAUAAACAUGAAAUAGAAAUAAGACGAACUGAAGUUACAAGUGAAAGUCCAUCUAUGCCUCAUGUUAAAAAAGAAGAAAACACUCAAAUUGCACAGGAAGUACAAUUCGGAGAAUCUGAAGCUAUAAUUCAAGAAGAAAAACCACGUAAUUUCCAAGAACUAUCGCAACUGCCAUCUCAAGAACAAACAGAACUACCACUCCAAGAAUCAACGGAAACUAUAACUAAUAAAACUGCAGUUAUACAAACUGAGAAUGUUCCAACAUCAGGAGGCCACACGAAUUUUGAAUCUUCACAUAAUUCAACACCACAAGGAAUGUUUAAAAAAAAAAGAAAGAUAAGUAGAAGGCAUGUGAAAUUUCUGAGAUUGCUGGUACCUUCAUAUUCUAACAAGAAAAGUAAAAUUUUUACAGAUGAUUACUUAGAACACACAUUAUAUAAUGAUGAAAAAAUCAUAAAAAAAAUUAAAAUAAAUGAAGUUACAAAAAAUAUAAACUCGUCAAAGCGAAAAAAAGACAGAUCUAAAAUCAUAGUAGAAGUUCAUAUGGAAGUUCUCAAAGAAUACAAAAAUGAAGAAUGGGAGAAAAACAAAGAUGAAUUCUUAGAAAUAUGUAUAUAUGAAUUAGAAAAAAAGGAUUUUAGAACCUGUCAUAAUUUAACAGAUGAUGAUCUAAUAAAAAAAAACAUAACAUAUAACAAUUAUAUUAAAAAAAAAAAGUUUGUGUGGAAUAAAUGGAUCAAAAAAAAUAGAAAUCUUUCUGAAAAAGUGAAAAAAGAAAAUUGGUUUCACAAUUUGAUGAUAAAAUGGAAAAGAGAACUAGAAUAUAUACAAGAAAUGGAAGGAUUCAAAAAGAAAUCUUCGAAUAAAAAUAAAAAAAUUUCAUUUUUAGAAAGAGAAAAAGAUAUAUGGAAACAGUGGAUAUCAAAAAAUGGCAUGAUUAUAGAACAACAUUUGGGAGAGGAAUACCUUAGAGAAUUGACAGGGACAAUGCAUAAUAUUUCAGAAGAAUGGGUAAAUGAUGAAACCACAAAUUAUGUAUCGCUGAUAAAUAAAGAAGAAUUUCAGAAUAACGGAAACUAUAAAGAAUUAUAUAAAUAUAUAAAAAAGAUAUUAUUAACAAAUCUGUGUAUUCUGGUGCUUAUGACAAUAUUAGAAGAAUGUAAAAAUGAGGCAAACUUCGAAAAUAGGGAAUCUUAUUUAGAUAACUCCAUAAAUGAAUUGAAGGAAGAAGAUUAUUCAGAUAAAAAACAAGAAAUUACAGAAAAUAUAAUUGAAUAUAACUGCAAUGAUUUAGAAAGUGCACGAAAUAAGGAAAUGAAUGCUCAUAGAGGUGAACACAGUUUCAGGAAUGAGAUAGAAGAUUGGAUAAGAGGCGAUGGUAUACAUGAAAAUUCCAUAGUUAACGAUGGAACAUUAGACAAAUCCUAUAAAACAAUAGAAAAAUACAUUUUAUAA